AUGCCGACCGCUACUUCGACCACUGCGAUUACGACUACUACGACAACUUCCACCACUUCGACUGCUACUAUGACAACUUCGACUAUGAACAGGCAAAUUCAAAACGACAACCCCAGGCGGCACACAACUCCCCUCUCCCUCACUCGCGACGCUCCAACAACAGCGCAGUUACAGUUGGCGGUGCAGCAGCAUGCGGCGGUGCAGGCUGCUGCCUCGGGGUCGGGGUCAGGGACGGGUUUGGGUUUGGGUUUGGGAUCUGGUUUGGGGUCGAGGGAUACGUCGGGGAGUGGGGCGGGGUUGGGUGGGCUGCAGGGAGUCGGCGGAAGUGGGUUAGGCGCAGGUGGACCAGGCCUGGGCAUCUCGAGUCUCGUAGACGGCGGGAUGGUGGCUAGCAGUGGUGGACAACCGGCAGCAGCCGCACCCGGCGGACCGACGACGACGAACCCGCUUCUACCCUUCCUCGCGAACGCGAAUGCGAAUACGAAUGCGAGUGUGAAUGCGGAUGGGAACCCGUUUAUGAGGCUUGGAGCGGGCGGGGGUGGUGUGGGUGAUGUGGGAAGGGCGACGUUGAUGCAGAUGAGCGAGUUGAGUCGGAGGGCUGCGGGUGGUGUUGGUGGUGCGGGCGGGCCUGGAGGAGGGUAUGUGAAUAUGCCGCCUCCGCCGCCUGCGGGUACGGGUACGGGUACGCUUGGCGGGUGGUCCGGUGAUCAGAGUCACCCGCAGGGUGGUAGUACCAGUGGUGCACCGCCUGGUGGUGGACCCCCGCCACCUGGGUCGGCGACGUAUGAGCGUGGGAGAGGGUGGGGACCUGGAGGUGGGGAUCGCUCGAGGCAUGCGAGUUUGAGUCGGGAGCGGGGGAUGGGGGAGCAACAGCAACAACAGCAGGGGCAAAGCCAACAGUCACCGCAACAGGCGCAUCGGGAUAGUGUAUGGGGUACCGCUCCUGGUACUUCGGGGGGUCGUCAAGCUAUGGGACCGCCGCUACCCGGAGGAGGGGGGAUGGGAGGAGUAGGCGGGGAGGUGAUGCAGAAUAUGAGCGGGCUGAUGAUGAUGGGUGAGAACCCUGGUCCUGAAGCGUCGAUGCAUGAGGGGUUGCAGGUGUAUACUGUGGGCCAUUUGAUGCCUCGUGGGACGUACCCUGAGGAUUUCAUUGGUGGGCCUGUCAUUGGUUCUUCGUCCUCGACGAGCAAUAGCGCCGGAAAUGCGGGAGCAAGUGGGAGUGGGCAUACGGCGUGGCAGAUGGGUGGUGCGGGUGGUGCUGUACCGUAUGAUGGGUCUGAUCCCCAGCAGCGGCAGCAACAACAACAGCAGCAGCAAGGGCAGGGUGGGGGAGAGGGGAGUGGAUCGGACGAUGAUGAGGAGGUUGUCCAGCCUUCGAUUAAUACGACGGAUGAGAAUGGGGCGUUGGUUGUCAAAUCUGCCCCUAGUCCUACACGGUCCAAGUCGAAGCAUUCGCCCAAGCUCUCAACUUCGUCGGCCGGUUCCGCGUCGCAGGAAGAAGAGAUUCUUUCGCUUACGACUCCUGGUGCUGCUGCUGGAUCCUCCUCCUCCUCGACUUCGACAUCGCUAUCGUCCGCCUCUGGAUCCAAAACGCAGAAGCUACGAGUGCGGAGGUCGACGUUUGUACCUGGCUGGGCUGUCCCUCCGAGAGUGUUACUGGUGGACGAUGAUGCUGUUAGCCGCAAGUUGAGCAGCAAGUUUUUGCAGGUGUUUGGGUGUACGACGGAUGUUGCUGUUGAUGGGGUUGGUGCUGUUAAUAAGAUGAAUUUGGAGAAGUAUGAUUUGGUUCUGAUGGACAUCGUGAUGCCCAAGAUGGACGGAAUAUCCGCCACCUCGAUUAUCCGCCAAUUCGAUAAAGGCACCCCGAUUAUUUCGAUGACGAGUAAUUCAAAGCCGAAUGAGAUUAUGACCUAUUAUUCCUCCGGCAUGAACGACAUCCUCCCCAAACCGUUCACGAAACAAGGGUUGCUGGACAUGCUCGAGAAGCACUUGAUGCAUCUCAAGGUGAUCGAGCGGAUGUCGAGGAGUGUACCGAGGGGCCCUGGGAUCCCGCCGCUUUCGGAUGACGGGUUCCAGCAGGCGUUGAUGGCGGGAGGAGCGGGUGGGGGGAGUGGUAUGUCGAUGUCGACGGGCGCGCUAGCUCUACCCGCGCCACUGCCGUCGUCUGGAUCUGCUUCGGGUUCGGGGAUGCAGCAGCAACAGCAGAUGAUGGACCCCUCGUCGAUGUCGAUGGAUCCGUCUUUCAGUUUUGGGAAUUUCGGCUCUGGGUCGACCACCACCAACGUGGGGGAUGCUGGUAGUAGUAGCUCGUCGGGUGCGGGCGGUGGAAGUGGUAAUGCUGUGGGGGGUACCGCGGGCUCGGGAGGGAUGAUGAACGUCAACCUCGGCGACGAGAUCGAGGCGAGGGUUAAUCCGUUGGCGGGGAUGGGUCUGACGGACGAGCAGUAUAACAUGAUGGUGCAGAAUUUGGUGAAUGGGGAGAUGUUUUUGGGUGGGGAGGGUGGUGGUGGUGGGUUGGGUCUCGGUCUCGGCAUUGGUGGGAUGGGUGGUGGCUCCUCGUCGUCGAUGAGCAACAACUCCAUGUCUGGCAGCAGCAAUGCCUCAAUGGCCUCGGGGAGUGGACUGUCGAUGUCUAUGGGUGGUGCGACGAUGAUGUAUGGUGUUGGCAUUAAUUUUGGGAUUGAUUCUGGGAGUAAUGCUGGGAUGAAUAUGGGCAUGGGAGGAGGAGGGGGAAGUGGCAUGGGUGGUGGUAUGGGAGGAGGAGGGAUGAAGCGUGCGCAUGAGGAGGGGGAUUUGGAUGGUCAUUUGGGGAAGAAGAGUCGGUUUGAGGUUGUUGAGUGA